GAGGUGCACAUCUACAUCCUCCCUGGAUGAUAUCUGUCAGGCAAACAAACACUCUGAGCUUACUUGCUCCCUCGUAGAGCCAGACUCCAACCCAGCUGCACAGCCUAAGACAGAAUCCUGCAGCAGUGGAGCGCCUCGCUUUUGUGACUGCACCGCUUUCUGUAAUUCUGCAAGCCAGUUUUUCGCCAUAAGAAUCAACAUCAACAGUGUUUCUGUUGAUAUUAACAUCCUAAAAGGAUUGUUGUCUGAACUUAAUGCAACCAGAAUGUGUUUCGCAAUGUCAGGGUCAGAGUGUCGAGAUAUUUUAAAGCACUACAAGCGAGCUUAUCUGGAGUGCCAUGGGACACAACAGAGGUUGUACAGCUGCAUGGUCAUACUGGAGAUGUCUGGACCGGUUAAUGGUUGCUCCCUGAAUAAACUCCUGCAACAAGUCAUCACCAGCAGGAGUGGCAUUACAAACGAAAGGCCCCUUACACGCAUGGUGGUGUGUGGCGCCCCUGGUUUGGCUGUCCGUACUCUGUUGGCAUCCAACCUGACCUGGGUUGCCAGUGAUCUGCUGACCUCUGAUGUGUGCCAGCCUGAUCCCACUCUGCUUAAAUGUGAGGUCAAUGAGAGCCUUGCUGUACUUCUGACUGACACCUGCCCUCCGGAGCCUUCCACAACCAUGCAAAGCACUAGGCAGCCUUCCACUCUGACCAACAGCAACAUCACUACAACUCCUGAAGCCUUAACACCAUCCGUGACCAACACCACUGAAGAGACGUACACAACAGCUGAAAAUACUGCCACAGUUCAACAGAUGAAUGCAUCACAAGAAACAGCUCAGCCUAACAUGACAACUCCACUCAUAACUGUUGACAGUACACAGUCCUCGACAACACAGCCUGUCCUCCAAACCAGCUCACAAAACAUGACUGUGACUGUCUCUGACAGUACAACAGCACAAAACACAACUCUGUCUGAUAACACAACAUUGCUGACACCCAGAGGAAAUACAAAACUGCAGAACACGACCACAGCACCCCAAAACACAACGGAAUUCAUAACAAUAUCCCCUGUCAACUCAACAUUACAAAUGACUACAGCUGCUCCCAUUGAUUCCACACUUAACACAACUGCACUGUAUCCAAAUUACACAACAGUCGAAACAGUUUCACCUUCACACAAUCACACAACAGUCCACAAUGUAGUUACAGUUACACCAUCAAAUAAUCGCACAACAGUUAUACCUGCAACCAAUCACACAACAAUGCAGAAUGUAGCGACAGUAACACCUUUAAACAACCACACAACAGUGCACAAUGUAACUACAGUUACACCCUCAAACAAUCAUACAACGGUGCACAAUGUAACUACAGUUUCACGUUCAAACAAUCACACAACAGUGCACAACGUAACUGCAGUUACACCUUCAAACAAUCAUACAACAGUGCACAAUGUAAGUACAGUUACACCUUCAAACAAUCACACUGUGGUGAACAAUGUAACUACAGUUUCACCUUCAACCAAUCACACAACAGUGCAGAAUGUAGCUACAGUAACACCUUUAAACAACCACACAACAGUGCACAAUGUAAGUACAGUUACACCUUCAAACAAUCACACUGUGGUGAACAAUGUAACUACAGUUUCACCUUCGACCAAUCACACAACAGUGCAGAAUGUAGCUACAGUAACACCUUUAAACAACCACACAACAGUGCACAAUGUAAGUACAGUUACACCUUCAAACAAUAAUACAACGGUGAACAAUUUAACUACAGUUUCACCUUCGAACAAUCACACAACAGUGCACAAUGCAACUGCAGUUACAUCUUCAAUCAAUCACACAACAGCGCACAAUGUAACUACAGUUACACCCUCAGACAAUCACACUGUGGUGAACAAUGUAACUACAGUUUCACCUUCAACCAAUCACACAACAGUGCACAAUGUAAGUGCAGUUACAUCUUCAACCAAUCACACAACAGCGCACAAUGUAACUACAAUUACACCUUCAAACAAUCACACUGUAGAGAACAAUGCAACUACAAUUACACCUUUAAACAAUCACACAACAGCGCACAAUGCAACUACAAUUACACCUUUAAACAAUCACACAACAGUGCACAAUGUAACUGCAGAUUCAUCUUCAACCAAUCACACAACAGCGCACAAUGCAACUACAAUUACACCCUCAGACAAUCACACAACAGUGCACAAUGUAACUGCAGUUACAUCUUCAACCAAUCACACAACAGCGCACAAUGUAACUACAGUUACACCCUCAGACAAUCACACUGUGGUGACCAAUGUAACCACAGUUUCACCUUCAAACAGUCACACAACAGUGCACAAUGUAAGUGCAGUUACACCUCCAACCAAUCACACAACAGUGCACAAUCUAACUACAGUUACAGUUGAUACAACUCUCAAUCACACCAUGGCGAACAAUGUAACUGCAGCUGCCAACAAUCACACAACAGCCUCAAACAUUUACACAACAGAGUACAAUGUAACUACAGCAAACAACAACAGGAUGCUACACAAUGGUUCAGUUACAAUUAAUACAACAGUUGGCACAGUUACACCUUCCCCCAAUCACACAGAAGUGUACAAUGUUACUACAGCAGCAAACAAUUUCACAACAGUGGACAAUGUUACUACAGCUGACAGGAACAGGAACUUAAACAAUGGCACAAUUACAACAAAUAACGCAACAAUAAGCACAUUUACACCUUCUCCCAAUCACACACUGGUGGACAAUGUAACUGCAGUCUCUAACAAUCACACAAAUAAUAUAACCACUACGACUGUACAUCAAAACAAAACAGCCACAGACAAUGUAACCACUGCACCCACCAGGGAAACACAGCAGAACACAACUGUUCCUUAUAAAAACAUGACAUCUACCACUGCUAGACAAGUUAAUGUAACACUUAACAACGCAACGACAUCCACAAAAAACACAACUGUGAACAAUGUGACGCCUGUUGUCAACAACUCCACUGAACCCACAGUAACUCCACUGAACAACCAGACUGGAAAUCACACCACAGUGGGAGUGACCCACAACAUCACAACAGCCAAUGGCAAUGACAACUUCACCACAGCUACCACAGUCGUCAGUGCCACCAGCAAUCUCAAUCAAACUACAGGAAUCAGCUUCAACCUGAGCACAACUACAAGCAGUUCAACCACAAACGUUAACCUGACAACCAAAGGACCAGGAGUCAAUUUAACAACUGCAACAGCUAAUGUUAAUGCUACUUCUCCAACCACAACUGCUACAACUAUGCAUGGUACAACUUCGGCCCAGAUUAACACCACUAGUCUACUCACCACUAUUGCAAAGCCCUCCUUGAAUUCUUCUACAACUACUCUCCAAACCACCACCACCACAGAUACAACCACAACAAAAUCUGGUACUGAAACUACCCCCACAACCACUGUAGAGACAACUACAAGCCAAGGGGCACAGGAGGAACAAGCAGAUGAGCUACUGAGUCAAACACAGGAUGCAUCUCAGUUCAACUCCUCUCAGGUGGCACAGGUGGUGGGGAACUUAGAGAAGCUUCUGGAUGGCCCCACUGUCUCUCAGUCAGUGGGACAAAAGGCCGCCACUGUAAUCAGCAACCUGCUGGAGGGCGACUCGCUUGCCCUCUCUGCAUCUGCUAAAAGGCUGAUUCAUCUGGUAGAUGACCUCGGUCUCAAGCUGGUUGUCACUGGCGACAGAGCAGUCCUCUCUGCAGGCUCGCUGGUCCUGGCAGUGAGGACAGUUGAUGGGACCAACUUUCCAACAACAUCUGUUGAUAUUUUCAACACUGAUAAUAUCCAGCUCCGUGCGCUUGGCAGAUCCCGGUCAAAGAGAUCAGGGUCUGCUCUGGGGUCUGUGGUUUUGCCCUCCUCCCUCACCACAGGUCUCAGUCCUGAGCAGCAGAGGCAGGCCAGCAGGGUCCAGUUCACCUUCUACACCAAAUCUGCCUUCUUCCAGGAUGCAGCAUUAGAUAACCAAACCAUUGUCAGUCCAGUCCUGGCUGCCAGCGUGGCCAAUCUGUCAAUAAGCAACCUGAAAGAGAACAUUCAGUUUACCAUCCGAAGCAUCAACCCCACAGAUGCAAAUGCCACCUGUGCGUUUUGGGACUUCACUCAGAAUGGUGGUAACGGAGGCUGGAGCUCUGCCGGCUGCUUUGUUGUCAAUGCCACAAAAGAGGAAACAACCUGCAGCUGCAACCAUCUCACAUCCUUCGCAAUUCUGCUGGAUUUGUCCAGAGGGGGAAUAAUUGACCGUCAGCAUGCGCAGAUUCUUACAUUCAUCACCUACAUCGGCUGUGGAAUCUCUGCCAUUUUCCUUGCUGUCACCUUACUGACAUACCUGGCAUUUCCAAAACUGCUGCGGGAUAUUCCUGCCAAGAUCCUGGUUCAGCUCUGCGUGUCCCUCCUCUUCCUCAACUUGGUCUUCUUGCUGGACGGCUGGCUGGCGCUCUACCCAGCAGUCGGGCUGUGCAUUAGCACUGCCUUCUUCCUGCACUACUUCCUGCUGACAUCAUUCACCUGGGCGGGGCUCGAGGCCCUGCACAUGUACCUGAGCAUUGUCCAGGUGUUCACUCCGUACCUCAGCAGAUACAUGCUCAAGUUCUCGCUGGUAGGCUGGGGCAUUCCUCUUAUCAUCGUGAUCAUUGUAAUAGCAGUGGACAAAGACAACUAUGGUGUGGUCACAUAUGGAAGAUACACAGAUGGCACUUCAGAUGACUUCUGUUGGCUGCGCAAUGAUAUCGCCUUCUAUGUGGGCGUGGUGGCCUAUUUUCUCCUGAUUUUUGCUCUGUGCCUGGUGGUUUUCAUCAUCGUCAUGGUCCAGCUGUCCCGGAUCAAGAAGCAGAACCCCCAAAACCAGCCUCCAAACAGGAGUGUGAUGACAGAUCUACGCAGCAUCGCUGGCCUCAUCAUCCUGCUCGGCCUCACCUGGGGGUUCGCCCUGUUCGCCUGGGGACCCCUCUACAUACCUUUUGUUUACCUUUUCUCUAUAUUCAACUCUCUGCAAGGAUUCCUUGUCUUUGUUUUCCACUGUGCUGUGAAGGAGAACGUCCGCAGGCAGUGGAGAACUUAUCUUUGCUGUGGGAAGCUGCGAUUGGCUGAGAACUCAGAAUGGAGUCGGACGGCCACCCAGAACAACAGGAAUCUGUCGGUUACCACGGCAACCACCUCAGCACCCCACUUCACCUCCCGAAGCGCCUCCGUCAUCAGCGAUGCCACCAAUAGUAGUGGUUCUGUGUUUGCAGACAGCGGAAUAUCUGACGGCUCCAACAGCGACACUGUCCUCAACGAUAUUCACAGACGAAAUCUGUCACUGUAAGGCGAGGCCUGACAGCUGUGUCAAGCAUCUACUUGUGAUUACAAUAAUUAUGUGCUCUGAGAGAGCGGCGGGGACACGGCCAGAGAUUAGUGAUCUCCUGCAGCUCGAGUAAACAAAAAAGGUAAUCACAGGAGUGGAUGCUUACAGAAACCCUCAGUGUUAGACAAGAUGAAGGUUUUGCAGGUGUAAUUAAGGGCGGAAGGCGUGAGACUGAAGUACCUUUAGCGAGGAUGAUUAUUGCUUGAAUGCAACAAGUGUGACUUGAUGCCUUUUCUGCAUUAACAGUAGAAUAUAUCAGCACAGAAAUAAUGUAACAGACUUGUAAGCAGCGGGAGGUGUACAGGUGUAUUUCUGACUGAAAAACUGAAUUAUUUCACUGUUACAGUUGUGACUCAGUGUUUGCGCAGCUUGUUUCAAAGCUCUUAGUCAUUACUGUAAACCUCAGAUAUGAUGGUAACAUUACUUUGACUCUGCAAGAAUAAUUAUGAUGUUAAAGAUACAAAACUGCAUUUAAUUAGUGGACAUGCUAUCAACGUAGAGAUUAUUGUUAAACUAUUGUGCUUUCUUUUGAUAAAAUUCUUUUAAAUACAAAUGUAAAUAGGAAAAAUGAAGAUACUUCCAGUGUGUUUAAAAUGCUCCACUGACUGCUGCCUCUGUAUAUUCACGAGAGAGUCCAAUUCCCAAUGCACUCUGGGAGGGAUUCUGUACUUUAGUGGAGACAAGGUGGAUUGAAGGAAAAAGUGCAGAUGCCAAAAACAUGGAAUUAAUUUAUUAGAAAAUGACUAUAAAUAUAUCUGUAAGAGCAUUUUUUUGGGUAAGAUAUUGUUGUUGUUUUUUUGUGUUGAUGUUAGACCAGAGAUUCUUCAUGUAUUAGAGAUUAUUUUAUUAAGCAUUAAAGACAUGAAGGAUGGUGAU